AUGCAAUUCUCCAUCAUCGCACUCCUCGGCCUCAGCGCUCUUGCCGUCGCUGCACCAAACCCAAUCGCCGACCCAGAGGCCAUCGAGGAGGCCCUCGUCCAGCGCAACGGCGGCUAUAAGGUCUGCUGCAAGAAGAACAGCUACUCCCAAUGCUCUCCAUGCGAUCAGGGCCAAGAGUGCCCAUCGGACAAGCCACAGGAGUACAACUCUUGCUCGAAGAACAACCAGGGUAGUCUGUUGGCUAACCUCUUCGUCUGCAACAUCUUGAACAACAACCAGCUCAACAUCCCAGUCACCGUCGGUAUCUUGUCAUAG